AUGAAUGAAGAAUAUGGAUAUAUUGUUCCAUCUAAGCCUCAUCAAGUCCCUAAUGGAGUACCUCUUGUGGGUAGUUCUGAAGAGGAAAGAGAAGAACUGAGUCAAGCAACCGGUUCCCCUGUUUUUAAGAGAAGACUUGCAACGGGACCCACAGAUGAUCCUUUUGAGGCAUUGGUAAUCUCACAUCAAGAUAGACUUGUAUCCAAUGUUCGCCUUCUUCAUUCAGCCUUUUUCUUCAUUCCACAGAUAAGGGCACCUCCUAUUGAUGCGGAGUGUCCAGAUAGGGAUUUUGCUUACAGAAAAGCUGAGGAAUUACAUAAUCGUUGGAUUAAGAGGGUUGAACUACCUGUUGUACAACCUGCUCUUGAGCUCACUCAUAAGAUCUCUGGUUCUUGUCCACCUAUGCAAAGUUUUGAUCCAGCCAAGAUGCUCACAGACUCAGGGAAGCUUCAAACACUUGAUAUACUGUUGAAGCGGUUGCGUGCAGGAAAUCAUCGUGUUCUCCUGGUUGCUCAAAUGACCAAGAUAUAUUUAAGCCUUGAUGGAUCCUCUACCAUAAUAGACCGUCGUGACAUGGUCAACGACUUCCAGCUACGGAAUGAUAUCUUUGUAUUCUUGCUGAGUACAAGAGCCGGUGGGGUGGGGAUCAAUCUGACAGCUGCUGACACUGUCACUUUUUACGAAAGUGAUUGGAAUCCAACUCUUGAUUUACAAGCCAUGGACAGGGCUCAUCGCUUGGGUCAAACCAAAGAUGUUACAGUGUACAGGUUGAUAUGCAAAGAAACGGUUGAAGAAAAGAUUUUGCAUAGAGCGAGCCAGAAAAGUACAGUUCAACAACUUGUGAUGACUGGUGGUCACAUACAGGGUGACAUUUUAGCCCCUGAAGAUGUUAUUUCUUUACUCAUUGAUGAUGCACAGAUGGAGCAGAAGCUUAAAGAUAUUCCAGCUCAGGUUAAAGAUCGACAAAGGAGAAAGGGUAGGGCGAAAGCUAUAAGGAUAGAUGAAGAAGGUGAUGCACGCCUGGAAGACAUUACGGAUCCUGAACCUCCAUCGGAUCCGUUCAACACCUCUCCUUCUGAGAAACCAAGCUCGUCUAAAAAGAGAAAAGGUAAUACAGAGAAAGGGCCUGCAAAAGCAAGGGCUCAAAAAGGUUCUAAAAACCCAAAUUCAACAGUAACGGAGUUGGAUAACACGGACGUUCACCGCCAGAAACCCAAGAGACCAACAAAGAGUGUAAAUGAGAAUCUUGAACCCGCAUUUACAGCUAUCUCCAGAAUAACCCUCCUAUAUAAGUCAUACAAGUCCAGGUUCACUAAAAGUUGUGUAUGA